AUGACUACACCUGUACGGCGGCAGUAUCUUGGCGUCAAGCGUGAGCAUCAGGAUGAGAUUCUGCUGUUCCGCAUGGGCGACUUCUACGAGACUUUCGAUGAUGACGCUCGGUUGCUUUCGCGCGAGCUUGAGAUUGCGCUGACCUCACGCGAGUUCGGCAAAGGGCAGCGCGUGCCGCUUGCGGGCAUUCCGUAUCAUUCUCUCGAGGCGAGUCUCGCGCGGCUCAUCAAGAAGGGCUAUAAGGUCGCCAUCUGCGAGCAGGUCAGCGACCCCGCCACUUCCAAGGGCAUCGUUGACCGCGAGGUCGUGCGUGUCGUUACGCCGGGCACUGUUAUCGAGGAUACGCUGCUAGAGCAGAAGGCGAACAACUAUCUUGCCGCGCUGGUGGUUGAGGGCGAUGCGGCAGGGCUGUCCUGGGUGGACAUUACAACGAGUGAGUUCGCCACGACUCAGUUCGACCUGUCGCACCUUUCGGUCGAGAUGGCGCGCCUUCAGCCGUCUGAAUUGCUCGUGCCCGAUGGUCAGCCGGAUGUGGAUGAUUUGGAUAUUGGUGACCGCACGAUGCUGACUCCGCUCGCGGCAGAUGCGUUCCAUGCGGAUUGGGCGCGUGAGACCUUGCUGAGGCACUUCGGCGUGGCUUCGCUCGAGAGCUUCGGAUGCGAGGGGCAGGCGCUUGCCGUGAGAGCCGCAGGCGCUGUCAUAGACUAUCUUGAACAGACGCAGCGGAGUGCGGUUGGGCAAAUCAACACGCUGUACACCUACUCCACGGCGGACUACAUGGUUCUGGACGCGCAGACCCGCCGCAACCUUGAGCUGUAUGAAGGUGGAAGAUGGGGUUCGGAUGCGGUGGAGUGGUUUCAUCGGAGCGCAUUGAGGCGCGAGCGCGUGGUGAUGCUGCUGGAAGCCGUGUCCGAUAUGGAACGACUGGUGAACAGAGUUCGCGGGCACAGCGCCACACCGCGCGACUUGGUGGGCCUCGCCAAUAGCCUGGAAGCGGCACCUAAAAUCAAGGUGAUACUUUGCGAGGACGAUGAUGCGGACAAGGUGGAGUGGCUCGCCGAGCGAAUCACGGACAACGGCGAGGUUAUCGAAUUGGUGAGGCAGUCAAUAUCGGACGACCCGCCGCUAAGCGUGGGCGACGGUAAUGUGAUUCGCAAAGGCUUCUCGCCCGACCUCGAUGAAGUGCGCGGCGCAUCGCGCAAUGCCCAGGACUACAUCGCCCGCUUGGAGCAGAAGGAGCGAGAACGCACCGGCAUCAAGUCUCUCAAGGUGGGCUACAACAGGGUAUUCGGCUACUACAUCGAAAUAAGCAACUCCAAUCUCGCGCAAGCGCCCGAAGAUUAUGUACGCCGUCAGACACUUGUGGGUGGCGAGCGCUUCAUCACGCCGGAGAUGAAGGAGUACGAAUCACUCAUUCUGAACGCCCAGGACCGAAUUGGCGAGAUCGAAGGCGCGCUGUUCAGGCAGGUAUGUCAGCAGGUCGCCGGCCAUGCCGAGCAGAUACUGAGUACGGCGCGCGCCAUCGCCAACAUAGAUGUCUUCGCGUCUCUUGCAGAGGUAGCGUCGCGCUUCGGGUAUGUGCGCCCAGUCCUGGACGAGGGCGAUGCCGUGACGAUAAAGCAGGGGCGGCAUCCCGUAGUCGAGCGCAUGCUGCCAGCCGGGGACUUCGUAGCCAAUGAUGCGGCGCUGGCAAGCGGUGGCGAGCAGCUCAUCAUCCUGACUGGACCCAACAUGGCGGGCAAGUCAACAUACAUCCGUCAGGUGGCGGUCAUAGUGCUGAUGGCUCAGAUUGGCAGCUUCGUUCCGGCGGAUUCUGCGCGGGUUGGCGUCUGCGACAGGAUAUUCACUCGUGUAGGCUUGCAGGACGACCUCGCGAUGGGGCAAUCUACAUUCAUGGUUGAGAUGGUAGAGACGGCGGCUAUCCUGAACCAUGCGACUCCGCGCUCGCUGAUAGUGCUUGACGAGAUCGGACGCGGUACCAGUACCUAUGACGGGCUUGCAAUUGCUCGUGCAGUGGCGGAGCAUCUACACAAUAAUCCGAGGCUGGGCUGCAAGACGCUGUUCGCCACACACUACCAUGAACUGACGCAGCUUGCUGACAUUCUACCGCGCGCGUUCAACUACAAUGUGGUCGUAUCCGAGGACAAGGGGCAGGUUGUGUUCCUGCGCAACAUCGCGCCCGGCGGGGCGGACCGAAGCUACGGCGUGCAUGUGGCGCGACUGGCAGGCAUGCCCGCCAGCGUGGUCAACCGCGCGUGGGAUGUCCUCGCCGAGCUAGAGGACGACAGCCGCGUAAAUCGCUCGUCACCGCGGCGCAGGAGAGGCAGUCCGCAACCCCAGCAGAUGCCUCUGCUUACCUUUACAUCCCCUGUAGUUGAUGAAUUGCUUGCCCUCGAUGUCGCCUCGAUGACUCCGCUGGACGCCAUCAAUAAGCUGUACGAGUUGCAGGAGCGGGCGCGCGAAGAAUAG